AUGUCGAAGGACGGGAACCCUCACACUCCUACGCGUUUCCAAAGAGACGUUGACCGGCAAUUCCGGGAUCGGACGCCCAUCCAACAUGAUUAUGAAGCGCCCGAAGAUACCUCCAAAGUUAACUGCCAAUCACUCAUGGACCAGAACUGGUGGAGUGGUGUAGACCCGGAAGAUGUAGAACGGAGGCGGCGAGAGCAAAUCCAAGAACCGCCAUACCACAGAGUGCGUAUUCACAUGCGACUGGACAUGAUCAAACGUUAUGCCUCAAAUUUUGGGCUACCAGAUCUGUUCAAAACGAUAGAUGGUCUGGAUAGACUGUUAUCGGACGCGGGCGCGGUAGCCGACGACUUUGAGAAUGCGCAACGGGAAAUUCCUGACACGGUGAAAGAGUAUUGGGAUCCGGAAUACGGCUUCCACCACAACCGUAAAGAAGAGAUCGAACGCUCAAGCUACAAAUAUGACGACUCGCCGCCGCCUGCAUCACCUACACACACUUCGGCGAUAUCCCUCGAUUCACGCUCAAUCAACCGCCGCUCUCCAUCCUCCAACGCAGCUUCCAAGGGUGUUCCUCGGGGAGUCUCCAAUGCCCGUGUGCAGAAGAAGCGUGGUGGAAAUUACAUCGGGACAAGAAGAGAGCAACGAAGAAAAAGGACAUCUGAGCGACGGAAGCCUCUUCUCCAGGCGAGGGAGGAAGAGACGGACACAGGCGCCUCUCUGGAGUCUGUUUCGGGCAGGGGGCCAAGCACGACAACCUUGAGCGAGAAGACUGUCCCCUCUGCACGAGCCUCACGUGGACGUGCAGGAACAAAGACAAAAGCGGCCGACAGGCCAGGCCAAUCUAACAGAGUGCGAAAGUCGGCGCGAAUUCAAAACCAAGAGCAAAAGAAACCCCUCAUCGAAAAGAAAACGAAACCCACCUGGUGA